GCGUCUUAAAUUCGCGAUUUAGUUCGACGAGGUACGUGUAAAGUUGCAGUGGUAGAACAGUGAUCCCAAUUUUUCACCGUUAAGGCAAGGACGGGCAAGGCCGACCGCAGAAGAUAUUCAAAUAAAAGCAAAAAAGAUGUCUCCUUUCAUUCCUCUGACCCUCUUCAUCCUCGCCAGUUAUGCCUACCCCAUGCCACGCGACCCCAAAACCCUCGCCUACUUCGACUAUAUACCGGAAGAUUAUGACAUCACGAUGGCUAUGGAAAAUGACAUUAAUGACAUAAGCAGGACCAUCCCCAAACGCAAACCCGUAUAUAACUCGCCCAUUUAUUACAUCCGACUACCACCGCAGCCGUAUGUGUAUGUCCCAGGCCUGGGUUAUGUGUCCCAGCCGCCGCCUCCUCCGCCCCCAGUGUCUCCUUUCGUCAGUCUUCCAUUAAGUUUCGUGGCGAAUGGAAAACCAUCGACCAUUUACCAAUGGGACAGUGACGGUUUCGAGGAACCCAAACCCACGAAACGGCCGGUGGAUUCGCUGGUGCAUAAGCUAGAUGGGCAAUUUACCUUCAAUGGGAAGCCGGACAAAAUCUCGGUUUUAAGGGAUUCAUACAAUGCGCUCUAUGGGGACGCCUUGCAGAACUUUUAUCCUUAAUUUAAUUUUGUUCUAUUUAUUUAUUUAUUGAUGUAUUUAUUUAUUGUGAAAUAAACGUAAAAUGCA